AUGGUGGAGAAGGUGGCCAACAGAAGAAAGGAGGAGGCGCUAACUAGAGAGUACACGGUCAACCUUCACAAGCGCUUGCAUGGAUGCACAUUCAAAAAGAAGGCUCCAAAGGCAAUCAAGGAAAUUAGGAAGUUUGCCCAGAAAGCAAUGGAAACAAGUGAUGUGAGGGUGGAUGUCAAGCUUAACAAACUUGUGUGGAGCCAAGGAAUUCGAAGUGUCCGAAGAAGAAUGCGUGUUCGCAUAGCUCGCAAAAGAAACCAUGAAGAAGAUGCAAAGGAGGAGUUUUAUUCAUUAGUCACUGUUGCAGAUGUUCCUCGAGAAGAAUGGAAAGGUUUGGGCACUAAGGUGAUUGAUGAAGAGGAUUGA